UUGGAGAAAGAAGACGACGUGAAAGAGAAAAGAGGAGAGAUUUUUCAUUUGGGUCAGCCCGUCUGACAGUAAGUAUUUGGUCAGACGGUCUGACCCAAUACUUUCACAAAAAUCUUUACCACUAGACCAAACAUCGCUCGCUAAAACUUGUAUUUUUAAGUUCUAUUAUUUAUGACGCCAUAUCUUAAUCGUAAUUUCAAUAUGACCAUCUAAUUAUUAAUUUUUUUUUAGUGUAGAAGCAUUAUUUUUAAGGGGCUUUUUUUUUUCUUUAUUGUUGUGUGGAUUGGGCUUAUUUUAUCGGUGUCUCCACAAAUGAAGUAUAGAUUUAUAACGAACUCCAACGGUACUGUAGGAGGUGGCGGGAAUUCAUGAAUGCGAAAUGCCUCCAUUUUUCAUCUUUCACCUAUUGAAAUGUCACUUUUUCUCAAUUUCUUCCCCAAAAUUUAUCCAAAGAUUACCUCUUAAUCCAUCUUCAUCUUGGAAACAAGCUCAAUUUCUUAUACCCAAGUUCCAAUUUGUUCAUUCUCUCUCCUCAAAUAUAAACCCUAACCCUAACCCUAACCCUAAUUUUUCAGAGAGUGAUUUCAAUACUCUCUGCAAUGUAUUAAAAAAACCCUCUGCAGACCUCGAAAAUGCUCUGCAUGAGGUUAAAUUCGAACCUUCUACAUCAUUAUUGCUGGAAAUCUUCAAGAAAUUCGAUGCGGCGCCGAACCUGGUUUUUAUUCUCUUUAAAUGGUCUGAGAAGCAAUCUGGAUAUGGGCAUGUUAUGGUAGCUUCUGAUUAUUUAGAUAGGAAAAUGUAUUUGAAACCCGAUUGGGCCCCGUCGAUUGAUGUUUAUAAUAUGCUAUUAGAAGGGUGGUUUCGAGUGCAGAACACAAAACAGGUGGAACGGCUUUGGUUGCGAAUGAGGGCGGGUAAAUUGGUUCCAGGGAUUGUUACUUAUGGUAUAUUAGUUGAAGGAUAUUGUAAGAUGGGUUUGGUUGAUGUUGCACUAGAGUUACUUGGUGAAAUGAGGAGUGAUGGUGUUGUUCCUAACAGGAUGGUGUAUGGUCAUAUGGUGGACGCAUUAGCAGGAUCGGGGAGGUUAAAGGAGGCUUUAAGGAUGUUGGAGAGGUUUCUAGUGGUAGAGCCGGGUCCCACUUUGCGGACCUAUAAUUCAUUGAUCAGAGGGUUUUGUAAGGCAGGGGAUCUCAAUGGGGCAGGUAAAAUACUCAGGAUGAUGAUUAGUAGAGGUGUUGUGCCCACUGCAAUGACAUAUAACUGGUUUUUUAGGUAUUACUCGAAACAUGGGGAAGUCGAAGAGGGAGUUAAUCUUUAUAGAAAGAUGGUCGAGUCUGGUUAUGAGCCUGAUGUUCUGACAUUUCAUUUGAUGUUGAAGAUGUUGUGUGAAGAGGAGAGAUUGGAAUUGGCUAUGCAAAUUAGGAAGGAUAUGAGAUCCAGGGAUUUAGUUUUAGACUCGGAUAUAAACACUAUGUUGAUUGAUUUGUUGUGUAGAAUGCACAAGUUAGAGGAUGCUGUUGUGGAAUUUGAGGAAUUGAUCCAAAGAGGUUGUGUUCCUAGGUAUAUUAGUUACGAGACACUGCAUUGUGAGCUCAAGAAGAAGGGAUUGCAUGAAAUGGCACUGAAAAUUACUGAAUUAGUAGCUACUCUUCGGUCCUCCACAUCAUUGCCAAAUGAAUAUGGAGCUGUGGACACCUUUCACGAAAGGAGAAAAUCUAUCAUCCAAAGAGCCAAGGCUAUGUCUAAUACACUGAAGACAUGCUCAAGUUCCGGGGAAAUAGGCAAUCGUAGAAGAUCUUCUAUGAGGUUUCCAGUUGGUCAAAGAACAAAAGUUAAGUAAGGUCAAGCUAAAAUCUGAGGCAGAAUUGACCAUAUUUGAAGCACUUGAUCAUUUUUCACACAAGGACAGGCCUAGAAGUUGGUAUCACCUUUGGAGCUUUCGAGAUCAAGCAUGCCAAAGAGUGCUGAGUGCUGAAGUAUGACUUGCAUAGGACUCAAGUUCAAAUUGGAGAAGAUGAUACACAACGUUCUUUCCUUAAGGUAAAUUGAAGUCCCUCAGGUAUAAGAGGGGGUUUGAGGAAAAAACCCCUUCUCAUAGGGUUAGAAGAAGCGCGCAUUAAACCACUGGGCCAACCUUAAUUCUCUAGAAGAAAAAGAAUUUACAGCAUUGUCACAUUGUUUUUCACGAGCCAAGUCAAAGGCGUAUGUGGUAUGCGUUGUCUGGUAGGCGUUAAACUGGUGCUAAUGGUGAUGAACUUGUAUGUAAUUUCACAACAAAAAGAGUAGUCUCAUGUCAAUCUACACUUCUAUUCACUGAUCGGGUUGAUAAACUAAACGUCUAGUCUAACUCUUAAGUCGGAACUAGAGGCAAUGAAUAUUGGAAGGAGUAAUAGACUUUUUUUUUCACCUGUUCUAUUCCCUUGUUUCCCCGGAUAUGUUUGUAAAUUAUCAUUACCACUCAUCAACUUUUUAAGAGUGGUAUUGAACUGUAAUAAAAAUUUAAUUUUUUAUAUAAAAAACACAAUACUUAGUCA